AUGCACUCGAGUGAGCACCGUCUGCCGCUGGCAAUUGAGAAGCGACUCAGCAACGAUCUCGCCUAUAUAGCAGCCGCGCAGGAAGGUGUACAUAGCGUCACCGCGGCGUGUAUCGAGGAAAACAACGGUGGCGACGAUAUUGGCACCGAGAUGACGCUGACAUUACGCCUUGCGGCGAAUGGAGGUAUUCCCGAGACCGUGCGAAGCGCGUUGGAGGAAAUCUGGCGCACUGCCCAGACCGGCGCAGGGCCAGGCGGUAGGUCCAAGGCCGUUCGGGACUCGAUAUUCGCAAAGAUUGUCUGCUUGAAUGGCGCGCGGAUUCUACAGCGCAUAAGAAAUGCGCUCGGCUAUCCCCCGGGAUUCAUUUCUGGGCGGCCUGGGUUCUUGACAGCUUCAACAGACAGGCUGAAGCGGUGUAUUCAGUCAAUCCGGCAGUGGAGACAUCUGACAGCGUUCGGUCGCUCCUUUGCAGCGGAGCUAGAGGAGUUGGAGCAGAAAUUCUGUGCUAUUUGUGCCAAUUGGACUCCUGAAGAUGUAGCUCUGAGUCCAGAUGAUGCAGUUGUCAAGAGAUUGGAGGUUGUCUCGAAGCAGGCGUUCCAGCUGACCACAACAGGACAGAAUGGCGGUGGCAUCCUUUUCAGCGAAGUCCUCGAGCAAGCGGGUCUCGAUGUGAGGUUCUGGCUCGAGAACAAAUCCCUUGUGGAGGUCGACAAAAUUGGGGCCUACCGUCGCGUGGCGAAGACGCUUGUACAGGUGUACAGGGAGAUAUUGAACACCUUGGCGAUGUCAAAUGUGGAACUAAAAAUCACCACAUUAGCGCCCUACCGGCCAGUACGAUCUAAGAUCUCGCACAAGAUUUCAUCUCGAAAGUCUCAGGUCGACUGCUAUGUGCAUGCCGAAAUUCAGCUUCUAUGCCACUAUGUGCUCGAGCAGCCCGCAGAUCGUUGUUUUCCACGGGUAAUGGGUACGUCGAAGCUCUCCUGCUUCCUGUGCUUCCUGUGUAUCAGCUGCUAUGGUGGCUUGGAGCCGCCACUGCCCCAUGGCCAGGUCUUCGAUCAGUGGACAGUGCCCGACCUGGUACAAUUUGACAAGGAAGUUGUAACGAGACUUCGUCAGACCAUCGACCUGAUGAAUGCCACGAUCGUCCGGCUCGCGAAGAAGAAAUAUGUUCCUAGAGCAUUCCCUCUGACAAGUCGCGUACACAUUGAUGAGGUACCAGUGUCCUCCAUCGAAGGGUCGCACUCACGUUCAUCGAGCACGACCAAGAUGAGUGAGAGCUUGCGUGCGACACAUGUAAGAAGUUCGACUGGCGGUGCUGAUAGCGAGGUCCCAGAUCGCGUGACGACCGAGUCGAGGGCGGGUAGCUCUCCGGCACAUUCGGUUGGCGGAACAAGCAACAGCUGUUCAAAUGGAGAGUACGUGGCAGUAACUGCGGCUGCGCACCACUGGGCCCUUUCUCAAGCUUCCAAUGUCGAGAUACUGGUAGAGGCAGAGCAUCCUUGCAUGGGCCAGGCAAGAUUGGAACACCUUGCGUUGCCGGACGGCAAACUAGAGGCUGUUGCGAGCAUCGUCGUGGAUGAGCUCCUGCCCGGAAAAGACUAUGUGUUCUUGAGAAACAUCGACCAGCCCGAGAUGGUACUCGAUUUCAAGUUGCCUGAAUGGUCCGGAUUGCAUCGACUCAAAUUGAGAUGGGGAGAAACCCGAUUAGAAGAUACAUGA